AUGCCAGGCUGGGAAGAUAGCUCAUGGGGCUAUCAUGGUGAUGAUGGAAACACGUAUUUUAACGAUAGCAAACCAUAUGGACCAAAAUUUAUGACCGGUGAUACUAUCGGAUGUUGUUUAAACUUUAGAAAUAAUACAGUAUUUUAUACAAGAAACGGAAUGAAUCUAGGAAUUGCAUUCCGAAAAUAUUUGAGAAAUGCCUUGUAUCCUUGUGUUGGAAUGUUGUCACCAGGUGGAUCUAUCGGAGCAAACUUUGGCUAUAAAAAGUUCAAAUACACAG